AUGUCCAAGCACAUGUCUGGAUUCAAGGAUAUACCCCAGGCUGUUUGUGUACAUCUGUUGCAGAAUAACACCCUUUAAAAACCUGCCAUGCGCUUUAUCAAUAAUCUUUUGUGAUCGCUGAAUGUAUUUGUUUUUUAUGUCACAAAGGUCAAACAACUAGACAAGCUUUUGGAGUAUGUCUGGUAAGGUCACACAACUGGCCUUGGAAGUUGGAGUUGUGAUCGGUAUACUGUGCCAAUAAUGAACCCUACGCGGUGUACAAGGGAUUUUUUUCAUGCGUUGUAUUAGCCGAGGUCCACUGAACUUGGGCAUAGGCCUACAUCUGUUCAUUUGUACAUAAUCGGAAAUUUCCGUAACUGCUGUGCUUAACUCAACAAUUAAAGUCUGUAUAAUUCUUAAACAAGAAUGCAGGGUAAUGCAAAACACCGUAAGGGGAAAAAGACUACCCCUGCUUCCAAACCAUCCGUGCAGAAGCCAGCUAAAAGUAAAACUACAAGCAAGAGAUCUUCAUGGAGUAGAACUCUGGCUGUAGUUGCUGUUAUGGCUACUGCCUUUGGCAUUGUGGUGUAUCUUCUGCCAUGCCCAAUUGACCCAGUACCUAUCAGCUUGCCCUCACCUCCACCACUGGAAGGCCCCCUAGCACCCAAUAAAUUGCUUCAGGAAGCUGAGAUAUUGCUACAUGGAAAAGUGGUUGGGCCGGAGGCAUUAGAGUUCCGAGAUGGUGCAAUAUACACAGGAACGGGAGACGGGCAGGUCAUCAGGAUAAAGAAUGACAAAAUAACAACCGUUGCAAAGUUUGGAACCCCACCAUGUGGACUUCAAAAAGAUGAACAUACCUGCGGACGCCCUCUUGGACUGAGGUUCCACACGGACGGAUUUCUCUACGUGAUGGAUGCAUAUCUUGGACUUUACAAAGUAGAUGUGGAUACAGGUGAGACAACAAAACUCUUGUCAGGUGAGGAUCCAGUAGAAGGCAAACCCAUGAAGUUCCUGAAUGACCUGGACAUAGACUCGGACGGGGUCAUUUAUUUCACUGACUCCAGCUACCGGUGGCAACGCCGUCAAAACCGACAUGCUGUUCUAGAAAACACAAACACUGCUAGAGUGUUUAAGUUUGAUCCCAAGACUGGUGAAAUGUCAGUGAUAAUGGACAACCUGUGCUUUGCUAAUGGCGUACAGCUGUCUCCAGAUAAAGACUUUCUUCUAGUAACAGAAACAACACAUGCUCGGAUAAAAAAAUAUUGGCUGAAGGGUCCAAAGAAAGGACAAGUUGAGAUAUUUGCCGAGAACCUUCCGGGGUUGGUUGACAACAUCCGACCCAGACAAGCAGGGGGUUACUGGGUAGGGAUGGCCGUCGUCAGGAAGCAGCCGAUUUCCUUGUAUGAUGUCCUGGCUGCAAGGCCCUGGAUGGUUAGACUAUUCGCAAAGCUUUUCAACCCAGAUUGGAUCAUUAAAUUUCUACCCAAAUAUGGCCUUGCGAUCGCAUUGGACGAGAACGGCCACAUCAUUGAGAGCCUCCAUGACACCACUGGGUGCAACAUUGCCUCAGUCAGUAGCGUACUGGACACUGGGGACUACCUUUACUUUGGAUCUUACUACGCCAAGUUCCUUGGAAGACUAAGGCUGAAGUAGAAGGUCAAAAUUCGUGGCUGAAUUUCCGAUGGCUCUGCUAAAAAUGGAGUUCAUCACUUACCAAUAAUAUUUUGUGCUUUCAGUGCCAAUUUUUUGCUAGUCUUGUUUGAAAAUGUCACUUUGUGACAUUUGUUAUGCAAUUCAUUAUUUGAAACUCUGCAUUUUUUUUUUAAAUUACCAUCAACCUGUCAUUGAUUUUAAUAUCAGAACUUUUGGAAUCAAGUAAAUUAAUGCAUUAAAGGGAAGAUACAACAUUUGCCAACAUAAAAAAACCCGAAAUGAUCACAUGCAUUAUCAUGAAAUACCUUACUGGAUUGUUAGGGAAUGACAG